AUGACGUCUUGGACCAUCAGAUUGGACAAGAGACCCGAGCCGCUGAACACCAGACCCAUCGGGUCCCCAUUGUCGACCCGGACUCAGCCGCUUGAGUCGUCGCAGACUUCAUCCAGCCGCCAGACCCCAAGCCAGGCUCCUCCUCCUUCACCAUUCGUUGCCACCACUUUUGCCUCCACUGUCGGCGUCGACUCGUUCCCACCACUCAAAGCCACCUGCUCCGCUAUAUGCCCCAUCGCCACUAGUCCUCGCUCAUUUUGCGAUUGGUCUCUUGCCGCGAAGGCCUCAACGAGCACCAUCCCCAGAGUAUCGGUUAUGAUUUUCCCUAACCCUUUAAUCAUGUCCUACCUCAGUUGCGCGAUCGAAGCCUCGACUCGACCACACAUCAUAUUCAUAUCCAUGCCCUGA